UUCUCUGUCCACCACUUCAUUCACUAACAUGCGCGCCUGGUUGCCGGAGGUUCUGCACACCCGCUCCCCUCUGCUUGACUAAAACUUUCUAAUGAAAUCCCCAAACACUUUCUGACAAAACACAUUUUUGUCCUCUAAGGGUCCAGAGAGAGAGAGAGAUUUUUUUCAGCGCCUUAAUCAGCGUGUUUAUUGGAAAGCAAACCUCAGAAGAUGGAGCCCAGUUCCACAGAGGGAGGAGCUGAAGAGACGCUCCCUAAAAAUCAUCCACCGCGUCCGCCUCACAAAGUGAUACUCAAACAUGGCCAAGAGCUGGAGGAAGAGCAGGAGGAGUUGGCCGAGCACCAGCCGCUAGAGCAGGAGGACCUGAACUUUGAGAGAUGGAAGCGCAGGCCGUUACCCAGGAGGACGCUCCACCAGAAAAUAGCCGACUUAAAGACAUACCUGUGGAAUGCAGAGACCCACGAAUUCAUGGGUCGCUCUGGAAAGAGCUGGAGCCUCAUCCUUCUCUUCUACGCUGCACUUUAUCUGUUUCUCGCAGCCAUGUUUGGCGGCUGUAUGUUUUGCCUCAUGUGGUCCAUUAGUCCCUACCAUCCAACCUACAACGAUAGAGUGAUGCCACCAGGUAUGACGAUGGCCCCACAUCUACAAGGCCACGACAUCGCCUUUAACGCCUCUGAUCGCAAAUCCUGGAAGAAGUACGCCAGGUCAAUGGAUGAAUAUCUGCGACCGUAUAAUGAUGCCGCUCAGGAGAGGAAGAAUAUGCGCUGCACAGAUGCAGGAUACUUCAUGCAGGACAACUUGGAGGAGAGCGCAGAGCGGAAAGCGUGUCAGUUUAAGAGGUCCUGGUUGGGGGACUGUUCCGGUCUGCAGGACCCCCACUAUGGCUAUUCUCAGGGAAGGCCAUGCGUUCUCCUUCGAAUGAACCGGAUUCUCGGUUACUUACCCGGUGAUGGUAAACCAGUAAAUGUGACUUGUGGAGUGAAGAAAGGACCAGCAGAAGCCUUGGGAGAAGUCCAGUUUUUUCCGAAGAGCAUUUUUGACCUGAAGUACUACCCUUACUACGGGAAGCUCAGACAUGGAAACUACUCUGCACCAGUGGUGGCUGUGCGUUUUGCAAGCGUGCAGUACGACAGCCACAUCCAGGUGCAGUGCAAACUGAACGGAAAGGGCAUCAUUAAUGACUCACCCACUGACCGCUACCUGGGCAGCGUGACCUUCUCCAUGGAGGUCGGCGCUUAAGGCAGAGAUGUGUGCUCUUUGUGACAAUGAGGCUUGAACAUGUACAAUGAAAAACAACAACACUGUCUGUUUUUAAUGAAAUAUGUAAUUACCCUCUUCUCAUCUUUCACCUAAAUAUCCAUGUCUCCUGCUGUGAAAAUUCCCUGAGAGUUGGAAAUGUACUCCUUUUCUUGUGUUUCUGUCACCGAGUGUGCUACUGGCACCUGCACCCACAGCAAACUGAGUGCUGAGCAUAGAGUGAGUUUAAGUUCACUGUCUGAUGUUUUUGUAAUGAUUAGCAAGAUUAAUCGCACUAAAUUACAAUCUGCCCAAUAGUUAGCGUUUCUGGCUAUGCAAAUCCAAUUAUAACUGAAAAACUUAACAGGUCGAUUAGGUGUAUUUUUUUUUUGUCUGGUUAGAUUAUGGUUUUUGUGAGGCACAUUUAUUUUCUGUGACAAUGUGUACUAAUUUGUUUUGCCUUAUAUUUUUUUCUUUUUCUUUUUCGAAAACAUGUAUAUUGUAAGAAUUCAAAGAUGUAUCAUGCAAACACUGACGCAGGACUUGUACUGUACUUACACAGUAAAAAAAAAAGAAGACAUAAUGACUGCAAAUACACUGUUAUAUUAGUAUAUUUUGCUUGAAUAGAGCAGAAUUAUACACUCAUGAUAAAUCCACCUCUUGCCUUCUUUUGUAAAAAAAAAUAUAUUUGCUUUUGAAAAUGGAAUACUAUACAAGACUGAUCAAUAAAGAGACAUACUGUACUGUGAAA